GCACCGGCAACUUCGGCUGUCCGACCAGUAGGAACUGAAAUGUGUUUCGUUUCUGCCCGACCGGAAUAGGUCGGAGCACUUUUAAGUUCCACUGAAAGACGUACGAUAGUGAGCAAGUUGACAGUACCUAGCCGCAAAACCGUGCUAUGACAUGUAUUCAAAUAGGUUUGGCCGCCUCGUGUCGGGACUGUACGGCCGUAAACGGAGCGCUGUCUGCGGGGUGGUCCAGAGCGCUGCGGGCCGGAGCGGGUUCAGCUGGACCGCGGUGUCUAAGCGGCGGUCACCGAGGCUGCAGAGGAGCGUCUCCUGUUUGGAGAUGCGGCAUCAUGCGGUGCCCUGUCAAAUCAGCACUCGGUCAUCCUCCCAAACCACAGUGGACCCCGAUGAGGUGAGGAGGUUCCAGCUACUGGCCGGCAAGUGGUGGGAUGAACAGGGUGAAUUUGCAGCUCUUCAUGCCAUGAAUGACCUGAGGGUGCCUUUUAUACGGGAUAAUCUGCUGAAUGUGCACAGAGCGCGUCACCCUGGGAAACCCCUGGCGGGACUCAGAAUACUGGAUGUUGGCUGUGGAGGAGGCCUGCUCACAGAGCCUCUAGGUCGCUUGGGGGCUAAUGUGUUGGGCAUAGAUCCAGUGGAAGACAGCAUCUGCACCGCCCAGCUACAUGCAUCCUUUGACCCGGACCUUCGUGACUCGGUCUCCUACCGGGCCUGCACCUUAGAGGAGCUCUCCGCAGAAGGUGAGGGGGAGCAGGAGCAGGGAGCAGGCCAUUUUGAUGCUGUUGUAGCAUCAGAGGUGGUGGAACAUCUGGCCGACCUGGAAACAUUCGCCUUCUGCUGCGGUCAUGUGCUGAAGCCAGGCGGCUCACUCUUCAUCACUACUAUUAAUAAAACCAACCUGUCCUACGCACUGGGUAUUGUUGUAGCCGAGCAGCUGCUGCGUAUCGUUCCCAGCGGGACGCAUGACUGGGAAAAGUUCAUCAGUCCGGUAGAGCUGGAGCGCCUCCUGGAGUCCAAUGGUUUCUCCGUGCAGUCUGUACAAGGAAUGCUGUACAACCCAGUAUCAGGAGCCUGGAGCUGGACAAACAGCACCGCCAUCAACUACGCCCUCCAUGCUGUCAAACUGAGAGACGAUCCCCAGCAGGAUCAAGCAGAGGAAAGCAGCCCCCAUCCAGAGGACUCCACUGCAGCUACACACAGCUGAGCCACAAGACUGGAGAACAAGUCAAAAAAUGGAGGAAGGGGGGAAAAAAAUAAAAAAUUCAGAUGUCUUGUGUGGAGUUGUAACUUCACAGAGGCCAGAAGCUGUGAUGCAGCAUAUGAGACAGCGGUUGUCAAAGGAAAGGGACAAACAGCCUUGAGAUACAAUUAGAGAUGUGCUGCCAUUGCUGAUUUGCACGCAGAGUAAAAUUGCAUUAUGCUAAUUGUUUUCAGUCAGCCUUUGCUUCACUCCGAGCCAGAGUGUCACAAAUGGUUUUAGUAGUGUUUGAUGAGCUGUGCAAAGCAACUGUACAUCCUUUUAAUUAUGUCAUACAGUAGCGGAGCUGUAUAAACACACAGCUUCAGAAUUUAUGAUGUUCAUUUUGAUCAUUUUUUCAGUAUAUACUACACUGAAUCAGCUUGGUUUUCUAGGUUGAACAUUUUUGUGAUUUUGCCACAUCUUCUAUUAAAAUUGCCUUAGGAGUGAAAGCACAACAGUGAAAAACCUGAUUUUUUGUUUUGGCCCUGGCCACCACUAACAAAUGUGAUUUCAUACUGGUUUUGGCUCGAACUGGAAGCGAUUAUUUUUAAAUGCUAAAGCC